GGAUCGCAAUGCAUUUAGUAUGUGAAGGAAUGCCCAGUCUUGAGAAUUUCCUGUUUGCAUAAGUUCCGAGAAUGUCUCAUUAGUAACAUAUUUAAAGUACUACCGAGUAAGAUGCACUUUUAAUUAUGGGAUGUGGUAGUUCAAAAAUAACCUUGGUUCAGCCGGUGUUGUCCAGCCCUGACUCUAAUGAGGAGGACACAGGCAAACAGUGUGUAGGUGUGGAUCGGGGUGACUCCGCAGUGUCAAAGUUCACCACUGACAGUGGGGUGGGCCUGGACUCUGGAGAGGCCCCCACACUACCAGGAGCCGUACACAGGAAACUACCGCCACUUGCAGGCUCCAGCCCAGGGCUGCCCCAGGAGACCCAGAGGCCCAGGUCCAGUGACAUCAUGGAGCAGCUGCUCAGUCAGGGCAUCAUCCCAGCCCACCCCAAAGACAGGGCCUACAAGACCGGAGAGGCCUACAACAUCAUGUUGGACAAGCCAGAAAUGCCCAGGACAAGCCCCCCAUCUCGACUGGAGUCUCUGAAGAUAAGAAAGGACCAGAUGGGGACCUCCAGGGAGGAGAUGGAGGAGAAGAUGAGACAGGUAGAGGAGAGACGCAAGCUCAAGGAGGAGGAGCUAAGGCUUCGUCUGAGGUCCAAGUCUGCCCGCGUGCGUGGACUGGCCUCUGCAGAGCUGGGGGGAGAGACUGGGCUCACCCCUGUGGAGACCCUGCAGAACCGCCUCCCUGACACGCUCCCCGGCUCUGGAGACCCUGAAGACCUCCAGGACCCACUGCUGCACGCCCACACUGAGGCUGGAGAGGGCAGUAGGGAGGCAGGAGGAGGACAAGGAGACAAGGUCUCAGAAGGUGCCAGGAUUGGAGACCUUCUCACAGCCUCUCUGCAGAUGGAGAGCGACUUCACGUUCCAGCAGACUGAACAGGCUGAACAAGACCUAUUCUAG